UGGCUCCCUGAACCGUGAGAACACAAAUAUUUAAAACACCUGAAAUUUAUUGAAAUUAUUAUUAUUAAAAAAUUUUUUUUCCUUCAUUAUUUAUUUAACUAAUGAACCAAAAUAAAAGUGGGUGAUUGUGAUUAUAAAUUAAUUUAUUAAUGUCAUUUAUUGAUAAAUAAAUCAAUUGUGAAAUUUAAAUUUUUUUCCGUUUUUUUUUUUAAAUUUUCAAAAUGUCAUAUUAUGGGGAUGGUAGCCCCUAUUUUUAUGGUGGUCCAUUUUCAACUCAUAGUUCUCUAAUGACAGGCACAGGACGGGUUCACACACCCUUGAGAUACUCACCGCACUUAUCAACAAUAUCAGAAUCACCAUUGAGUACAUAUCGUCGUUAUGCACCAUCAGCAAUACUUCCAUCAAGAACAAAAAGAAUAAUUGAUACAGCUGAUAUUGAUGUAUCAACACCACGUUCAUAUCAAUCACCAUCAUCAUCAUCGUCACAACAACAACAACAACAACAACAUGGUCAUCGUUUACGUCGUGAUCGUCCAACAAUUAGAAUACGUUCACAAGCAUUAAAAAAUAAUCCAGCACUACGUGAUCAUUAUGAACGUCGUGAAAAAUCAAUUGGUGAACAACUUGUUGAAAAAUUUUUAAUAAAAGAUAAAAAAAUUAUUGAUAAUAAUUUAACACAGCUUACAAGUUCAAGUUACAAUGAUACAACUGAUAUUGAAGAUCAACAAGAGGCAAUACAAAAACGUGUUACAAGAAGAAUGACAAGAAGACGUUCAUCAGCUGAUAUACAAAUGGAUUCAAAACAAUUACAACGUGAAAUGGUUAUUGCACAAGUACAAGCUGAAGUAUUGGAUAAUCUUGUUGCUGAAGAACAAGCUGAAAUUGAAGUUGAAACUAAAAAAGGAAAUUUUAUACAUAAAAAUACUAUUAGAUGUAGUAAUAUUUGUAAAAAAACAGAUAGUGAUGAUGAUGAUGAUAUUAAUAAUAAUGAUACAAUGAAAAAAAUACAAAAAAAAGCUAAAAAACGUAAAAAAUCAUUAUUAUUAUCGUCAUCUACACAAAUUGAUAAUAAAAAAAAUGAUAAUAUUGAGCUGUUUAAAGUUGAAGAGCCUAAUAAUGUUGAUGAUUUAUCAACAAAAUCAGAAAUUAAUAAGCUAAAUAAAUAUGAACAAUUUAGAGAAAGUAUACAUUUACCAAAUCCAGGAGAAUUAAAAUUAAAAAAUGAUAAAUUUUGUAAAAAAAUUAUCAAUGAUGAUGAAAAAAUUAUAAUAUUACCAGUUAAAAAAUCUUAUGUACUUGAUAAAUCAAGAAAUAGUGCUUAUUUAACAUUAAAACCACAAAUUUUAAAAACAACAAUAACAACUGAUGACAAUAAAUUGACAACUGAUGAGAAUAAAUUAAUUCAUGAUGAUUUAAAUAAAUUAAAAUUUAAUGACGUUGAUUUAUUGAUUGAUGCCAAUAUCCGGUCUAAUAAUGUUGAAAGUGAUGUAGAGGUCAUCAAACGGAAUAUUAAUUUAGUUGAAACAAGUGGAGGGGUGAUGAUUGCUGAUGAUGAUAGUAAAAAAAAUAAUUAUCGAGAUGAUUCUAAUUUAAUUAGUGUAAUAGAUGAUAAAUCCGUGAACACAUCAAUCAGCAAUUCAACAACAAAAGACCUUGAAGAACCUUGUCAAAAUUUAGAUAAUUUAAAUCUAAAAAAUUUAGCUGUAAGUGUUGAUGGUGUUGAUGAUAAUGAUGAUGAAAAGGUAAAAAUAAAAGAAAAUCAAGAUGAUAAUUUGAGUAAAAAAAAUGAUAAUAAUUUGGUGAUUGAAAAAAAAAUUAAUGAAUUGACAAAAGACAUUGUUGGUGAUAUUGAAAAUAAUAAUAUUGGUAAGUGUAAAAUAAUUAAUGUUGAUGAUAAUUUGAAGGUUGUUAAGGAGAAAAAAAAAUAUGAUAAAGUUUCUGAAGUAUUGCCAAGUGCGACAGUAAUUAAUCUUGGUACUUGCGUAGUUGAAAAAAAUAUUGAAGAUACUAAUAAAAUAAUUAAUGAUAAUUUAACAGUUGAUGAUUGUAUUGAUACUAUUGAUAAAUCAAGUGGUUUAAUUAUUGAUAAAGAUAUAAAGAAAGAAGAAGAGAUAAAUUUAAUUGAAAAAAAUGUUGUAAAUAUUCAAGAAGAUUGUAAUAAAAUAAUUGAUGAAAAAUUAUCAGUUGAUGAAAAAAUAGAUCCUGUUAAAAUUGACGAAUCAAAUGCCAUAAUUAUUGAUAAAAAAAAAGAAGAUUUAAAUGAUAAAUUAAUAAUUAAAAAUAAAACACUUGUUAAAUUAAAAUAUUCAUCAACAGACAGUGGAAUUGGUGGAUCAAUUGAUUCUGAUGUUAUAAAUUCAAAAAUAACAAAUAAAAAUUUAUUAAAAAAUACAUUAGUAAAUUCAAAAGGUCAUUCAUUCGAGUGUGAUGAUGAUGUUCGUGUUAAAAUAAUAAAUUCAACAAGUCGUGAAACAACACCAGAAAUAAAAGACAGUAAUAAAAUUAUUCCAGUUAAAAAAGUUAAAAAGAAAAUAGCUGUUAAUAAAAAGCUAUCAUCAUUUGAUGAUAAAUUAUUGGAUAAUAAAAAUAAUGAUUUAUCAAGUUGUAUUGAUAAAAUAAAACCAAUUAUUGAACCAGUUAAAGAAUCAUCAGAAGACGUUGAUUUUUGGAGUGAAAUUAAAUCUAAAAAUCAACAAGCUGUUAAAAAUAAAAAUAUUACAUUGAAAAAAUCAUUGAGUGAGCCAAUACCUUGUGUUGAACAAGAAAAAAUUGAAGACAAUCAUCAAGAAGAUAAAAAAGCAGAAGAAAAUAAUGUCAAUGAAAUUUUUAAAAUAUCUGAAAAAGAUGAAAUUGAUAUUGAAAAAUCAUUGAAACCUGAAGCACCAAAUGAAUCAAAAGAUCUAGUUGAUAAUUUAAUAGAAAUAAAUAAUAGUUUGGAAAUACCUGACAUGGUUGUUGAGCCAACUUUAACUCAAGAAGUCAAAGAACCUGAAAAUAAUUCAUCAGAAUUUAUUAAUGAUAAUUCAACAUCAAUAACACCAACAACAACACCAACAACAUUAGCAAUUGAUGCUGAAAAAUUACCAAUAGAUUCAUCAAUAACAACAAAUGAUGAUAAAGAAAUAAUUAAUAAUGAUGAAGAUGACGAUGAGAGUCCAAAAACACCAACAAAUGAAGAAGAAGAAAUAAUAAUAAAUAAAAAUAUAUCAAAAUGGGACAAGAGUCUUAAUUUAUUUGAGCUUGAUGAUACAGAAUUAUCUUCCACCACCACCACCACCAACUCUACUACAACCAUAAAAAAAAUUACAGAAAAAGAAAAAGAGGUCAUUGCAUCAGUUGUGCCACAAGCAUCAACCAAGAAAAAACUAACAAAACGUAAAAAAUCAACCCAAAAAUUAAAUGAUACAAGUGUUAUACGUAAAAUUCGUCAAAAUAAAAAAUCAUCAACAUCAACAUCACCAACAUCAACAACUAUAAAUAAUAAUAGUAAAAAUAAAACAAUAAAAAAAGAUAAUAAAAAAAUAUUAUCACCACGAGUUAGUAAUAAAAUACAAAAACGUCCACAAGAAUUAUUUAAAAUGUUUUAUACAACACCAACAUUAUUAUUAACAGCAACACCAAGAGAUUUAUCAAAAGUUAAAAGAGUUAAAAUUAAAAAAAAAAAACAUUCAACAAGAUCACCAUCUGGUAAAAGUGAUAGUACUGAAAGUUCAUCAAGUACACAAAGUACAACAACAACAACAACAACUGAAUCAACACGUAGUGAUAAUUCAAUUGAACAUGAAGAUGAACAAAAAAGAGUAUCAUCAACAAGAAGCAAUGAUUCUGGAUUUGAUGGAUCACCAAGAUUAUCUACACCUUCACAAUCAUCAGAUAAUCAACGUCAUUCUGAUAGUUCAGAUCAUCUUCAUGCAAGUGGUAGGAUAACACCACCAGCAACAAAUUUACCAAGAUUUAAAAAAUAUACUGUUGAAGAUUUUCAUUUUCUCAAAGUUCUUGGAAAGGGAAGCUUUGGCAAAGUUCUUUUGGCUGAAUUACGUGGUACAGAUUGUGUUUAUGCUGUUAAAUGUCUGAAAAAAGAUGUUGUUUUAGAAGAUGAUGAUGUUGAAUGUACACUUAUUGAAAGAAAAGUAUUAACUCUUGCAACAAGACAUCCAUAUUUAUGUCAUUUAUUUUGUACAUUUCAAACUGAAUCACAUUUAUUUUUCGUUAUGGAAUAUUUAAAUGGUGGUGAUUUGAUGUUUCAUAUACAAAAAUCUGGUAGAUUUGCUGAAUUUAGAGCGAGAUUUUAUGCUGCGGAAAUAUGGUCUGGACUUAGCUUUCUUCAUAAAAAAGGAAUAGUAUAUCGGGAUUUGAAACUUGAUAAUGUAUUACUUGAUUUUGAAGGACACAUUAGAAUUGCCGAUUUUGGUAUGUGUAAAUUACAAAUAUUUUUGGACAGAACUGCUGAUACAUUUUGUGGUACACCUGACUACAUGGCACCAGAGAUAAUAAAAGGUUUAAAGUAUAAUCAAGCUGUUGAUUGGUGGUCAUUUGGUGUAUUACUUUAUGAAAUGUUAACUGGACAAUCACCAUUUUCUGGAUGUGAUGAGGAUGAAUUAUUUUGGAGUAUAUGUAAUGAAAGACCAUUUAUACCAAGAUAUUUAUCACAAGAAGCUAUGAAUAUACUAGUGACAUUGCUGGAAAAAGAUGCUGGAAAAAGGCCACUUGCACAUGACAUACAAUUACAUCCAUUUUUUCAUGCAAUGCAAUGGGAAAGACUAGAAAGAAGACUGUUAGAACCACCAUUCAAGCCAGCACUUGAACACACACUGGAUACAAAAUAUUUUGAUACAGCUUUUACUGUUGAAAAACCAAGAUUAACACCAGUACCUGAACAAAUAUUAACAUCAAUGGACCAGGGUGUCUUUCAAGGUUUUUCAUAUACAAAUCCAAAUGCAACUGAUUAAUCAUUUGAUUUUAAUUAAAACACAAAAUCAAUAAAUGAUUUUCAAGAGGAUUUAAAUAUUUAUAUCCAUUAAUUAUCAACGUGCUGUGAUUGGAGCGUUCUUUUUAAUAUUUGUUAUUUAAUUAUAUUAUUUAUUAUCAUUGUUGUAAAUACAAAAUAUAAUUUAUUUAAAAAAAAAAAAAAAUGAACGCAAGUUUUUUCUUUGAUAUUUAAAAUAUCUUAUGGAAAUUCAUAGAAAUAUAUUUGACAAUAAAUUAUUAAUUAAUUUUAAAUAUAUAUUAUUGAAUUUAUUUUUUAAAUAAUAUUAAAUUUCAUUAUUUGAUUAUAAAAAAUUUUUUUUUAUUUUAUUUUUUACUCUGUAUUAUGAAAAAACAAAAAAAAAACCAAAAAUUUAAUUUAAAAAAUUAUUUUAUUUUUUAAUUUUGAAAAUUAUAAAAAUAAUUUAUUUGAAAAAAAAAAAUUUAAUUAAUUUACAUAUUUUUAUGAUUAUUUAGUAGAUGUAGUAUUUUUUUUUUUUUUUCCAUUAAUUUAAUUUAAACCUGUUAUUUAAAUAAUUAAUAAAAAAAAAAAAAUUAAUUUAAUUUAUACAUAAAAUUGUACUUAAAAAUGAGAAAAAAAAAAAUAAAAAAAUAGUAACAGAAAUCAGAAUGAUUGUUUUUAAAGAUAAUUUAAAUGUUAAUAAAAUUUCAUUAAGAAAA